AAUAUUAAACUUAAAUGCUCAAAAACUUCAAUCAAUACGAACAAAGCACCCAAUACUAGUAUACUACAGGUAUGGAUCGUACAUAUGAUUCAAAACCAAUCAUUUUUCAAAUUAUAUUCUUCUUUCUAACACUUCAUUCUUUCCCUUAUGCAAACCCCAUUUCAGAUAAUAACUUAGUAUUCAAAACUUGUUCAAACCCAAAAACAAAAACCCUCACUACUUCUACAUACCAAUCUCAACCACAAGCCCUCUCAUCCCUUUUCCAGGAGCUAGUCUCUCAAUCCUCCAAGUCCAAGUUUUUCAAAACAACCCAAUUAAGUGUCUUGGAUGAUCAAACAGCCGUUACUGGCCUCUUCCAAUGCAGAGAAGAUAUCACUAAUGAGGAGUGCCUGAGCUGUGUCAAAACUCUACCCAAAACAGCCACCAACAUGUGCCAUGCUGCGCCAUCAGCCCGGGUUCAGCUUCGGCAGUGCUAUAUCCGUUAUGAGCCAGAGGAGUUUGUGUUGGACAUGCACUCCUCCACCCAAGACCAACUAGUACUGCUGCACAAGGCUUGUGGCCCGGAAUCAAGCCAUGUCGCGGGGUUUGAGGCGAUGAGGGACGCUGCGCUCUUGGCUUUGGAAGAUUCUGUUGUCGAAAAAGGCGGGUUUUGUAAGGCCAACUUUGAACUGGUGCAGGCAAUGGCGCAGUGUGAGGGGGAAAUGGAAGCUUGUGAGUGUGGUGUGUGUGUGAACAAGGCUGUUGAGAUGGCUCAAGAGGAAUGUGGUAAAUCUGUUUCAGCUGAAAUUUACUUGGACAAGUGCUUUCUGAGCUAUUCUUAUUAUCCCCAAGGCAUAACGGAGGAUGGAGAAAACAGGGGAACCAAUAACAGUAGUAACAACAGGAAAAUAAGGGCCAUUGUUGUUGGAGGAGCAGCUGCCUUGGGAUUUGGCUUUAUUUUUCUAUUGUUCAUCAAAUCGCAAACAAAGAAAGAUGAUGAUGAUUUGAUGUAGAUUAUUUAAUCUUUUUUGGCACUAUUUUGUUUUCCUUGAAAGAAAUUGUUGUUGAGAUUGGUGUAAAGCAGGUAGACUUAGGUAAGUUUAAUCUACUGUAUUUGACACAAUUAUACAAAAUGAUAAUGUUGGCUAUCAAUUUUAAGAAUCUUGUAUUGGGGACAAAGGCUUGUAAAAUCUCUAUAGAAACAAAAUUUUCAAAAUAAUGCCAAAACCAAGAAGGUGGUUAUAUUUUUACUUAUUUAUUCUAGAAGAAUACCUUGCAGUGAUGUCAUUUUGACAUACUUGGUCCCCUAGCUACUGUAAAUUACAUAACUUAGAAUCU